CCACGGCGUUGGACGGUACAACUGCCAGAGCUCAUGGGCAUUACUCUCAUCUAGCAAGAAGAAUUCGCAUAUGCCUACCGGAUUAUAUUGGAUAUUAUCUGGAUCAUUUUGUGCCAGUUAACCAGAAAGGUAGGACGCGCUCCCUUGUCCAACACGGACUUGCCACUGGACGUCCCACUCUAACAAUAGUGCCCUUUUGUUUUGACUGGAUUGGCAAUCAGUGCUCGGAAACCUGCCUCAAACUGACUACCCACAGAAGUGUAGAGGCUCGAUGCUCUGCUAUCUGGUUGGGAGAUGACCAGAAGCGAGCAUCGCCGAUCAAGAGGUCAAGAGCAUCAUCAUCGCGGGGGUCAUCGGCAUUCUGCUGACGCAUAUCCUCACACUUUCACCGGCACCGGAAUUCACGGAGAAGGCGGCGACGCCUACGGUGGUGCUAUUUGCAGCGGUGUUGGUGCUGGUGCAUACGGCGCCGACGGUCACGGACACUCGCUUGGUGGACUCGAUCACGGUGGUGCCUUAGGAAUGGAUGCCACUUUCAUCUGGAAGCUAAGCAAACUCGGUCGCAUCGGGUCAUCAAGACUUCGAUACGAUGACGAUUUCGCUGACAGGCUGAAUUACCAGUAUACCGGAGUGCUGUUGUUUCUCUUUAUCGGACUUAUCGGAAUUCGACAAUAUGUCGGUAAACCAAUUCAAUGUUGGAUACCACAGGAGUUUACUAGAGGUUGGGAAGAGUAUGCGGAAAAUUAUUGUUGGGUGUCGAACACCUACUUUGCUCCUGUUCAAAACCGAUUACCCCCCGUACCAGACAGAGAGAUGCUCCUCAUUGGAUAUUACCAAUGGGCUCCUAUAGUCAUGGCUGUUCAAGCAAUGGCUUUCUACCUGCCAUGUCUAAUAUGGAGGCUUUUUAUGGCGCAGUCCGGAUUCAAUGUACGCCGUAUACUUCAGAUGGCCUGUGAUUCCAACGUGCUACUCCCUGAGCACACAAUGAAAAACGUGCGCUUCAUGGCCCGUUACAUUGAUGGUUGCAUUUAUCGACAGCGGGAUUAUCGUCGUUGUAGGCUGACAAACACCGUUGGCUAUUCCCCCACAAACUACGCUGAUGUUGGACAAAUGCAUCAAUAUCUUCCCAUGCAUCCUCCCAACCACCACCAUCCAGGAGGGUUCAUCCACCACCACCACCAUCAUCAUCAUCAGUCACCUCCAUAUACAUCUCCACCGCACGCCCCUCCCAUGUACACGAGUGCAACAGUUCCUGUGAAUUUCCAAGCCGGGGCGGGUGGAUACGGUGGUUUACAUUCCUCUUCAGAAGGUCAGGUCAGAGGAAAUGGUGAUGCGAACUAUAUCGGGGGCAUAUCGAGGAGGGGGAGACGGGCAACCGCCAAUUCCCUGCUGAAUCGCCUACGUUGGCAUUUCUCGGUAGGAUCCGAAAAGGCUAAAACGAAGAAGAAGCUUGAGAACGCCGCAGGCGAGUGCCGAGGUGCUGAAGACCAUCCAAUGCUGGGGAGAUAUAAAGCUGAAGAAGCAAAUUCAUUCUGCGCGCCUUUACCGGUCAAGAGUGGUGCAUAUCGAUCCAAUGCGAUUCACUCCACUGGCGAAAGAAGUGCCGGAGGUUGGGGAUGCUGUGGAAAACGGCAUGGAAAUUACUUGGUCGUCCUAUACUUCUUCAUUAAGCUACUAUACUUGACAAACAUUAUAUGUCAGUUAUUUAUGAUGGAGAAAUUCGUCGGCAACAGUUACAACUUUUAUGGCCUUCGUGUCAUGGUAGACCUUAUCAGAGGUCGCGAGUGGUUCCAUUCAGGAAACUUUCCACGUGUCACCUUCUGUGAUUUUGAAGCAAAGAAACUAGGCAAAAACCACAAGUACACACUUCAAUGCGUCCUACCUUUGAAUAUGUUUCUGGAGAAGAUAUAUAUCUUCCUUUGGUUUUGGCACUGCUUGGUUGGACUGGUCACUCUGAGCAGCUUCAUCAUGUGGUUUUACCGCAUGGGUUUCCCUAGCAGACGGGUCAAAUUUAUCCGCAAGUACUUGAAAAUUAUGUCAGUUCUACGCGACACAGAUAAGGUGGCUUCUGCAAAGUUCGUGGAGAAUUACCUACGCUCCGAUGGCGUUUUCUUGAUCCGAUUGAUUUCUAUCAACGUUGGUGAUCUAUUGGCUGGAGACUUGUCCUGUGAGCUGUGGCACAUUUACCGACACAAGCGUUUGCAUGAGGUUGAGGAACAGAAGUUUCCCGAUGCUACUACGGGACUGGGAGAUUUUGUGAUGCCGUCAGUUCCAGGCAUUGUUUCAGACCACGGACCAGCUGCACCGGCGGAGUUGGUCUCGGGAACCACUGGAAGGCGCUUGGACAAAAAUCACACUACGAGCGGACCCAUGCGCACCGUUCCCGUCACCAGCACAAAUAACUUAAUUAAUAACACCUCAACAAAUAAUGACGACAGUAUUGUUUGAUUUUGUCCCUAAUCCUCUCUGGAAUUGGCACCGCUCGGACCACUUGUAUCUCGAUUGUUUGGUCUUCGAACUUAAGCCGACUCAACACGUGGAAUGCUAGCCAGCAGAAAGUCAAAAAAUACGGUAACUGGCUUAAUCCUUGUUAACUGUUAUUUCUAUUAUUUGGAAUUUUAGAUCUGUAAAACACACUACCUCAGAUCUUCCAAUUAUAAAUAUGCGUUCUUUACUCUGGUGUAGCUGAGAACUGCGCUACUUCAAAUCACCUACGGAAAAGUCGCCACUACAACCAUAAGGAAUCGCUAUUACAGAAUAAAUCUCUGAGAAAAGCGAAUGUGUACCCUUUUUCAUGUGCAUUUUAUUGGACGAUUUUGCCCGAAAGCCCAAAGGUGAUUAGCUCAUGUUCAUGUGCUACAGCUCACAAGUUUUCGCCCACUCUUCUUUUGUACACCGUGGUGCUCCUUGUGAAACGGAGAUACAUUUCUCCUCCUUAAAAGAACAAUUUUUAUGAUGAUUACUUGGGUUAAUAAAGAAACAUUUUAGAGUAC